CACCACAGACGAACUUGUUUCUCUCACUUACUCUCUCUCUCUCUCUCUCUCUCUCUCUCUCUCUCUGAAAAUGGAGGCAUCAACUGCUGCAGUUCCAGACUGGGUUCUUGGUGUUGCUGUAUUGAUAUGUGGAUUGGGUUUUAUAUACUGGGUUUGGCUGAGGCCGAGGCGCCUCAGGCAAAAAAGCUUUUCUAGCAAUUCUUAUCAACUUCUCUUCGGAAACUCGGAAGAAAGCACCGUCAUGUCCGAACUAGUAGGAUACAGACCUAUUAAAAUCUCAAAUGUCAUCAUACCGGGUGUCGACCCCUUCGAGCACCAUACCGUUAGUAAAUACGUUGUGGGUAUUACAACCCCGAAAGCAGCUAACUACAGUGGCAAGCAAACCAGUUCCUAUCAAAGGACGGCAAAGGCCAGUUAUAUGGACAAGCAGACAGGUUACCACAUUUGCACUGCAGCCAACGAGGUUAUGUCCGCUGGGGAGACCUUCAAGGAGAAAGGUUCUGCUGGGAGAGUUGGUACGAAGGAUGAGUACACGACCACCAAGACUCUCAGGGUUGGGGAUAAAAGGGGCUAUUUUGAAUACGAGGCUCAAGAGAAGUUCCGCUGGGUUGAUUAUGGUAACCAUUCUCGUGGCGGUCGUCUCUGCUGGCCAUUCUAGUGGCGGUUGUAGUUAAGUCCUGCUUUCCUCUCUAUCCUGAACUUUGUUUUCUUGUUGUGGUUGAGCACUGGCUGGAUGUGUGUUACUCGGUGCUGCUUCCUAAUUCAAGUUGAACUUGUACUUACUUAUCGUGGUUAAGUAGUUGCAAGACAUGGAUUUCUCCUA